AUGUGGUGUGCAGUCAAGGCUCGAAAAAACACGACCCAUCUCUCUGGAGAAACGCAUUCUAGUGGUCCGGUUUCUGGUACUACUGUUAGCCCGUACAAUGCAGCAGCCAGCGCCAAUAUGGGUGUUUGGCUUUUUUUCGAAGUAUGGCUAGCUAACACUUUCCGUGCCUAUCGACCUCAAUAUUUCCUGCCUUCCAUUGUUUUCUCAAUUUUCAUCAAUGUGACGGCAACCUAUGGAACGCAAUUUGCAACUAUGAAGGAGGCCGAGACCCUAGUCACCCAUUUACUGGAGAGCUUUUUCGUCGGAUUUGGAAUCUCCGCUGCCACAAAUCUCCUCAUUGUUCCAUUCACCUCCCGAAAUAUUGUCACCAUGCUAAUGACCCGAGAGCUCCACGGACUGAAGGCCGCUUUGGGAGCUCUGGGUCAAUAUUUAGCGUCACUCCCCAGGCGUGAUUGGUACGGAAAUGAGUAUGCUCCGAACGAUCAUGAUAGCGGAAGAGACGACUACCACAGUUCUCCCACAAGUACCAGUCCUUGGACUGAGGCCGAGGCUCUGAAGAAUAUCCUAACAAGUGUUACCACCCUUCAAGCAAAGUCCCAAUCGGAACUUCGCUACGCAAAGGUUGAGGCGACCUGGGGCAAAUUAGACGCAAAGGAUUUGGAGACCAUAAGCCUCCUGCAAAGGGAUAUUUUAUUCCCCAUUCUAGGCAUGGAGUGCCUCAGUUAUGCAACGAAUCGCAUCGAGAAACGUGGUGGUUGGGAGGCUUUGUGCGAUCGUGCCCAACGGCUUCAGAAAGGAAUGAUAGUAGGCCUUGACGAGUCGUUGUAUGCUCUGCAAUUCGGAAAACGGCCCGCAUCUUCUGUCACAACUGACCUCGAAGCGAAUGGCGACAAUUUUUCACCGGCACAUGGGGACUGGGCUGCGCACUGUGAGGGGAUGAUCCAGCAAUUUCUUAAAGAAAGACAAGGUCCUCUUGAAGACUGGUGUGCUUCCAAGGGCAUGAAUGAUUCUUCCCAACAGAACUACACGACACAACAGGACUAUCCUUUACACCAACGGCAUUUGUCUCAGGUGCAGCUGGUACUCGAUCUGGAAUACUGUUGUAUUAUGACCGCUCAGGCGAUUCUAGAUUUGGCUAAGUAUGCUGGAUCUAAAGUAAACGAUGGAACAAUGGUAAGAAGCAGAUUUAUCUUCCCAACCUGGAAACAACUCAAGAGGUGGGCCAGAGACACAGUAUCUCGAGAGGACAGCAAUUUGGAUUACCAGGAAUACAGCACCCGAUCUGGUACUGUCAUAGUGCGCCUUAGCGACGUCGAGCAGUCCAAAAAGGAUCCUGAACAUCUUCCCGCAGCGUCCGCCUGGGAGAAAAUAUCGGACAAAUUCCGCCUCUUUUUUCACAUAUUCGGCUCUCCAGAGUCAGGAUUUGGCUUUCGAGUGGCAACAGCUACGAUGACUAUUUCAAUAGUUUGUUUCUUGCGGGAUUCCCAGCAGUUCUUCAUUGAACAGCGCUUGAUCUGGGGUUCGAUUAUGGUCGCUAUCAGCAUGACGAGAACCGCUGGAUCGGGUAUCUAUGGGCAAUUGCUACGACUUGGCGGAACAGCCCUUGCGAUGAUUGCAUCGUACAUCAUUUGGUAUAUCGUCGAUCAGCAAACCGCGGGCAUUAUCGUAUUUUUCGGCAUCGCAAUGUUCUUCUACCAUUACCCGUUGAUCAAGCACCCCGACACCAUUGUUAUUCCAAUGAUAGGAAUGGUCACACUUAUCCUGAUUGUGGGAUACGAACUCCAGGUUCAACAAAUCGGUAUUCCCAUCUCGGUUUCUAAUGGCCAGGUCUACCAUCCCCUGUACGAGCUUGCUCCGUACAGACUAGCUACAGUCCUUGGUGGCGUGGCUGUCGCAUUCAUAUUCACGCACUUUCCGGUAAUCAUCACAGUCCGACAACAACUUCGAGAGGAUCUAGUAUCACUCAAGAUAAGAGACGCAGAAGGAGACCCGGGGGACGAGAGAAGCCCGGGAAGAAGACUUCAGAAAGCUCGCAGUCGACUAUUCGCCAAAGAAAUUAUUCUCCUCGAAGGCAUAAAGAAGCACAAGAAAUUCGCUGUCUGGGAACUUGGGUUGGGCGGGAGGUUCCCAGAAGCAUCAUACGACAGGCUUAUUGAUCAUACUCAGCAUAUCCUUCAUUUCACAACCAUGAUAGAUCACGUCGCCGAGUCAUUCCAGAAUUUCCCGACUCCCACAGGAGUUCAACAAACAUCGGAAUCAUGGUUGAAAGACUUUAAGAAUCUUGUGAUCUCCCUAGAGUUAAGUUCCCGAGAUGUUUCUGCCACUCUCUCGUUGAUCGCUACUGCUAUAUCAACGGGUCGGCCGUUACCUUCGUUCCUUAAAGCUCCAGAGCCAAUUAGCUUGGAUCAGCUGCUUAAGGGGGCUGACCGUGACAUCCUCAGUGUGCUACACGUGUGUGAGCCGGGCUACGCGGCUUUUGCUGUCAUACAAGUAGCAAGUGCACUAUUGGCGGAUGAUCUAAAAGGGUUGCUGCAUGAGACGAAGAAGUUGGUUGGAGAAGAGAACUUUGGCAUCGAUGUUUUCUCUUUGCAUGAUAAGAGCUAA